AUGGCGUGAGACAAAAGUUUGCCGUGGAUUUGAAACGCCACAGUUUUGUCAUUAACUUCUCAUCUGUUAGACCAUCUGAGGAACCUCAGGAGCGUUUCUGUGGGGAAGACAGGUUUACCACAGACUGCUUGUGAUCUCUGUGAUAGCCUGGACAGAUGGUGGAGCCGAGGGCUGCAUGGGUCCAGUGGUCAUGCCCCCAGGGAAGAAGGCCGAGGGCCCCAGCAGCGGGAGCGUGGCGCGGGGUCUGAGUCAGCUCUACCAGGACACCGAGGCAGCUGACCUCUCUCUGGCCCUGUCUGCCUCCCUCAGCCGGGCCGAGGACGAGGAGCUGACCAGCCUCAGCUGGCUGCACGAGAGCACGGAUCUUCUGACCAGCCUGGGCCACUCGGGCCUGCGCAGCGUUAGCCCCCUGCAGGAUGCUAACGGUGGCCGCGAGCCCUCCUCCUCACCGUCGUCCUCCCCUGAGCCCAGCGAGCCACCCUACCACCUGUCCACGGGUCCCAGCCGCAAACCGCCCUACUCCUUCAGCUGCCUCAUCUUCAUGGCAAUAGAGGACGCUCCCUCCAAGCGACUUCCUGUCAAAGACAUCUACGGCUGGAUACUGGAGCACUUCCCCUACUUCGCCAGCGCCCCCACUGGCUGGAAGAAUUCAGUGCGUCAUAAUCUGUCGCUAAACAAAUGCUUCAAGAAGGUGGAUAAGGAUCGCAGUCAGAGCAUAGGAAAGGGUUCUCUCUGGUCUAUUGAUCCUGACUACAGACACAAUCUGAUUCAGGCGCUGAAGAAGACUCCAUAUCAUCCGUAUUCCCCUCGGCUUCCAAAACCUUCUACCUCCCCGUCUGACUCUCCUCAGCAAUACCACAGUCCUCCACUAUGGCCAGGAAGUCCACUCUUCAGAAAGAACGGAGGAGUGCUCUUACAAGUUCCACAGAGAGUGAUACAGCAUAGCUCACGUGUUGCAGCUCAGGGGCUCUUUCCGGUUAUCAGACCCCUUCCUUUGAGUCCUGUGAGCAAGAGGACCACCGCCGUGAGAUCAGCCCUGGGCGACUAUCUGACACGGGGUAAAAACAGCCUGCGCAGUGACUCUCCUCCACCCAGUGAUGAUCAGCAGGAGGACCACACAUACAGCAGCUCGCAGUCCCUAAAUACAAAGGGGGACAUUUCUUCCUCCCUCUCCUCCUGCUCCACUCAGGGUUCCCUCUCUGCCUACAGCCCCGGUCAGGAGGUGACGCUCACUGAGGUCAAGGAGGAGCAAAAAGACUUUCCGCUGGAUGCCACACCACCUCCUUCCCAGCUGCUCCAGCGCAGAAGACUGCUGUGGACCAAAGGUCACCUACGGACCCCCGGCGACACGCUUCCCCUGAAGAAGAGACGCGCGGAAAAGCUCCUGGUCAAAGAGGAGGAAGACGAGGAGAUGAAGGAGGCGGCGGGGUCGUUGCUUCACCUGGCCGGCGUGCACACCGGUGUUAAUAAAAACGCUCUGCGUAUGUGUAAGAAGGAGCUGAAAGAGGAAGCCAAUGAUUAGCAAUGAACGAAAAUCCCGUUAACACAGAUCUAAAUACUUCUGUUCCAGGAUAUCAGGUGAAUUCUAGUCAGUUGUUGCAAUAUCAAUAAAAUCACUGUUGUCCCUUGUCAGAUUUGAUUUCCAGGGUGAAAGAUUCUCAUGUCCAUGUUGUUUUGUGCGCGUGUGCGAAUGUGUGAGUGUGUGAAGAGGGAAAAAAGCCAUAGUAAAAUUUGGGUCAUUUGAGUGAAAAAUGUUUUUCUUUUAAUUCAUCAAGCCUACCGAACAAUUUAAAUGAAUUAAUUAUGUUGUAGCAAUCCUUCUAGUUCACAUCAGAAAGCUGAACGGAGAGAUUUUUUCAUGCUGCUCUCAAGUGUGCCAAAGAUAUGAAACCUGUUGAUGAAAGUGCAGCUAAUCCAUGCACACUUAGUAAGACCAAUAAUAGUUUCAAAAGUAGUGAUACCAACCUGUAUCACAAAAAACAUCAGAUGAAUAUCUGGGUCAAUGACAUGACGCUCAGUUGUUUAAAAAUGCAAUUCAUGCAUGCGAUGAGUUGUGAAUAAACCUUUUCUAUGAUGGGCAUGUUUUAAUUUCUCAAUUAAUAGUGAUAGUUUUUGGGGCAUAAAGUUAAUGUCAGUUGGAUACAGCUGUCCUCAUUAAAAGUAGUAUGGCAUUAAAUUUUAUUCCUUUAAAAAAAGUAUAUAUAUUUUUUUAUUAAAUUCAUAUUAUAAUAAUGAAAUAUUUUAAAACAAAUUAUUUUUGGUCUGCUAAAUCAAAGUCAUGUCAUGCAACCAAAAAAUAGAUGUGUCUGUAAUUCUUAAAACAUCAGAUGAUUUGCUAAUUUAUGACAGAUUUUCAAUUACAAAUUCAUAAUUAGAGACACUUUUAUACCUGUGUUUAAGGUGUAAGGAAAAUAUAUUAUUUGUAUAAUUAACAGUGACACCACAUGACACGAGUCAUUAAAUUGGCUCCUAUAUAACAUGUUGUUAUAUGUCAUUGACCCAUUUAUUUAUUAAGCAGCAAAUGUUUUGUAUAAAAUGGCCUGUGUCCAGUGGAUAACAAACGUAAAGGUCAAAUGCAAUAUGCCAAUUCUCUCAUACAUGCCUGGUGUUUAAAACAUUUCUGGUGUUAGUUCUUAUUUGAAGCACACUAAAACUAAUCUUUUAUGAAGCAAUGUGUAACAAAUGCCUAUUGUGUUGCCAAAAUGUUGGUGUUUUUUUUUUUUUUUUUUAAAUCUUCAUCACAAUCCAAGCAAUUUGUCCUGUCAGGAUAACACUGUAAAAAGUUACUCCCUUUUUUCCACAAAAGGCAGUUUUUGCCUGUUUUUCAGUUAUAUUGCAUGGGUGCUUGUACAUAAGAAAGAAGUAUUUUCUUUUCUAAAUGAAAGAUCAUGUAAGAUAGAUAUUUAGCAUGAGGCAUGGCUUAUUUUCUUACAAGAAAACAAGAGAGAGGCGUCUCUUAAAGCGUAGGUUUCUUUCUUUACUCUACUCUUUAUUUUAUUUUUUUUAAGUUUUAAGUAUCUCUCUUCUGCGGCAGACAACUCUUCCAAAGGAAGAGACUUCACGGAAACCCAUUAAUGAACAGAUCUGCCUUGUAUUGAAUAUCAGGUGAAACGGAUUUUGCCUUUUUCGUGGUCCUCGGUUUGGUGGUCCUUUUUCAAUUCAUUGAUGUAAGUGUUCAAAUGUUGUUAAUAAUCAGUGUUGGAUGACCUAUCACUCUGUACACCCUUUAAGGUUGUGCCUGCCUUUAGUUCAUGUGUUUGGAUGUCUGUUCUGUUCUUUUGUAACGGUUCGAUACUCUGUCAUUUUCAUUGUGCAAUCUGCAGCAUUGAUAUCAUAAAUUGUACUGAAAUAGUUUGACAAGGAAUUAGAAUUGGCUUUAGGAUAAUCCCUUAUUAGCGCGAUACUUCGCGAUCGACCUUGGCUUGUCUGUUUCCUUUAUUUUUUACUUCCAACCCUCAUAAACUUGAACUUCAUCUGUGAAUCUGAAUGUCCAAGUGUGCAAGAGGGUCCUACAGUUAUCUUAAAGGAAUAGUUCACUCUAAAAAAAAAUAUAUAGAUGAGUUUGUUUCUUCAUCUGAACAGAUUUGGAGAAAUUUUAACAUCACACACCAAUGGAUCCUCUGCGGUGAAUGGGUGCCGUCAGAAUGAGAGUCCAAACCACAAUAAUCCACACCACUCCAGUGCAUCAAUUAACAUCUUGUGACGUGAAAAGCUGUGUGUUUGUGAAAAAAAAAAAUGUCGUUAAGGCAUUUUAACUUUAAAUAACUGCAUAUUUCUCUCCUGAUUCAAACAAGAAGAGUUUUUCACUGGAGAAAGCAAUAUUAUGGAUAGAAGAAAAGCACCCUAAUGAUGGGUUUGUUUCUUACAAACACGCAGAUUUUCACUUCACAAGACACUAAUUUAUAGACUGGAGUCAUGUUGUGGAUUUUUGUGAUGUUUUUAUCAGCUGUUAAGACUCUCAUUCUGACGGCACCCAUUCACUCCAUUGGUGAGCAAGUGAUGCUACAUUUUUCCAAAUCUUUUCAGAUGAACAAACAAACUCAUUUACAUCUUGGGUGGCCUGAUGGUGAGUAAAUCGUCCACGAAUUUUCAUUUUUUGGUGAACUGUUCCUUUAAUGUUGUUUUGAAUGCUGCUAGUGGACAUCUGUCAGCGUCAUGCAUAUAUUUGCUACGCAGCAUCUAUCACGAUGUUUACACUCCACUUCCGCUUUAUGUAUGAAUCGCUUUCUGAAUGUUGUGUCCCCAGGGGAGCGGAGCUCAGAUAUAUCAAACAUUUUGAAACAUUUCAGUUCGAUAUUUCAGCACUUUUUUUUUAAUAGUGAGACAGGACUAUUUGUGCGGAAGUGUCUAAGUGUGAGUACGAUGUAAAAUAAGAGACGUAUGGUGGGAUGGCCCUACUUUAUUUGAUCCACAUAUAGGCAAUAAGCUGCUGCUAUGCUGUUUUGCUUUCAAUUUAUUCCAGUCCCAUAAUAUGCCAUUUGUUUUGUGUACCAAAAACAACCGAUUUAAUGGCUAAGAUUCAUACAAAUCCAUGUAAGACAAAAGGGGGAGAAAAAUAUGCAUGAAUUAUUUAUUGGAAAACUCACUGCCUCUGAAAUUAUGUGUGAAAUAAUAUAAGGGUUUUGUCAAUGUUGUUGAUGUUGUUUGUUUUUGCCAAAUAUGUUUUGGUCCUUGUACUUGCGUAAGUCACUAGUGGUCUGGUAUGAUUUUUAGAGCACAAUGGAAUCAUGAUGAAUAUGUAUUUGACCAGGUCUAUUUUCAAUACACUCAGAUGCCAAUGCUGUACGAGUAUAAAGCUGUCUAUUUCCUUGGUGUGCAAUCAUAUUGCCAAAGAACAAGAUCAAACUAUUUCAUCUAUACAUGUAAAUAACCACAUUGUCGAUAUGACAAUAAAUGUCACAUCAUGUUGUUACUUUUCCACAUAUUUCUCCUGAAACUUCAAAUAAUGUUUAUGUAAUGUAUUGUCUUCCAGUUGCAAUAAUAAAAAUAUCAGAG